UACGGCUGACCCCUCCGGUUUCUGCGUGCGGUGCCACGUUAGUAGCGGUAGACACAAAAUACACAGCUACUCUCCCAACCUUAAACAAGAAAAACAGACAAAAGCUAAGCUAAGAAGUCGUAGAAAACCGUGUCUGCACCACUCGUCUCUCUCUGUCAGGAAGAAGACAGAAAACUCGACCAACUAUGUUGAAGUUUUUACUCGUUUGUACGCUGGCUGUGGCGAGCCGGGCUGAGCUCACCGAGGAAGAAGACGUCCUGGUGCUGAAGAAAAGUAACUUUGAGGAGGCUCUCAAAGCUCACCCAGACAUCCUGGUUGAAUUCUAUGCCCCAUGGUGUGGUCACUGCAAGGCCCUGGGCCCAGAGUUUGCGAAGGCUGCUGGCACGCUGAAGGCUGAGGACUCAAAGGUGCGCCUGGGAAAGGUGGACGCCACAGAGGAGACUGAACUGGCCCAAGAGUAUGGUGUCCGAGGAUACCCCACCAUCAAGUUCUUUAAGGGUGGAGAGAAAGAGUCACCCAAAGAGUACUCUGCUGGUAGGCAGGCUGAUGACAUCGUCAACUGGCUGAAGAAGCGCACAGGACCCGCUGUGGCUACCCUGGCUGGAGUCACUGAGGCAGAGUCUCUGAUUGCCGACAAUGAGGUGGCAGUCAUCGGAUUCUUCAAGGAUGCCAACUCCGACGAUGCCAAGGUCUUUGAAAAAGCAGCUGAAGCCGUAGACGACAUUCCCUUCGCCAUGGCCUCUGAUGACGCUGUUUACUCAAAGUUUGAGGUGACAAAGGACAGCAUUGUCCUCUUCAAGAAGUUUGAUGAAGGGCGCAACACCUUUGAUGGAGAGCUGACCAAAGAGAACCUCCUGGCAUUUGUCAAGUCCAACCAGCUGCCUCUGGUCAUCGAGUUCACUGAGCAGACUGCCCCGAAAAUCUUUGGUGGAGAAAUCAAGUCCCACAUCCUCAUGUUCCUGCCCAAAACAUCCUCCGACUUCCAGGACAAGAUGGCUGAGUUUAAGAAAGCUUCAGAGGGAUUCAAGGGACAGAUCCUGUUUAUUUUCAUCGACAGCGAUGUGGACGACAACCAGCGCAUUCUGGAGUUCUUUGGCCUGAAGAAAGAGGAGUGCCCGGCCAUCCGCCUCAUCACCCUGGAGGACGAAAUGACCAAGUAUAAGCCAGAGAUGGACUCCAUCACAGCAGAGAGCAUCAUCAAGUUCUGCACACUCUUUACUGAGGGCAAACUCAAGCCCCACCUCAUGAGUCAAGACAUCCCCAAAGACUGGGACAAAACACCAGUCAGGGUUUUGGUCGGCAAGAACUUUGAGGAGGUCGCCUUCGAUCCAUCAAAGAAUGUCUUUAUUGAAUUCUAUGCACCUUGGUGCGGACACUGCAAACAGCUGACUCCCAUCUGGGAGAAGCUGGGAGAGAAGUUCAAGGACAGCGCUGACACCAUUGUGGCUAAGAUGGACUCCACAGCCAAUGAGAUCGAGGCAGUCAAAGUCCACAGCUUCCCCACUCUUAAGUUCUUCCCUGCAGGAGAUGAGCGCAAGGUUAUUGAUUACAACGGCGAGAGAACAUUGGAAGGCUUCACCAAGUUCCUGGAGAGUGGUGGAAAGGACGGCGGUGCCCCUGCAGGAGAUGAUGAUGAUCUGGAUGCAGAGGAUUUGGACGAUGUGGAUGAAGGACAGGACGAGGACUCUGAUGGCGAGGAUUACGAUGAACAUGACGAGUUGUAAGAGCUGGCCGUGAAGAGAGAGAGAGAAAGGAGACGAGUCCCGCCCCAACCCUUCCAACAAGUCACCAUCACCACCUUCACUUCCUUGUGGACCUUCCCUGUCCUGUGAACAUUAACAUUUCCCCUUUAACUGCCUUUCAGUCAGUCAGCCGGCCUUGCUAGCCAGCCCACCAGUUAGUCAGUCUUUCUAUCAGAGACGGGGCCAUUUUACCAGCCACAUCUCCCAACUUCACAACUUCUCAUCGGGCCAGACUAGGUCCUGUCCCACCUGGGGGGACUCUGUGGAACGGCGCAGCACCUCUUUAGGAGACCUCAAUGCCUUCUACAAAGCUCCACAUCAGCUGUUUGCCUUGUAUAUUUUAAACCAAAUGUAAAGAUGGCAUUGAUAUCCAGUUUUCAAAAUGUUUGUUCCUUUGAAAAAUACUUGCAAAUGUUCAGUGUGGGUAUAAGUUAAUUGAGUGCUGUAAUCUGUAUUUGUAGGUAAGGGGGGGCUUCCAAUGUUUGUUCCCUCUAAUAGAAAUCCAGAGGACCAGAGUUUAGUGUGGCGGUUUUGUAAGGACUGAUCUCUCAGGGGUCAAGGGGGCCAUCUUAUAGAUGUGUUUAUUUGGCUUCACUAAAAUAACCCCACAGAGCUUUUCCAGUGUAGCACAAAGGUUUCCCCAUCUGUAGCUGAGACCAAUUAUUUUUUCUCUUUUGGCCGGGGAAAGUCGACGUCGUAAUCGUUUCUUCAUUCCCAAAUAAUUUCUCAUUUAAGUCUCCUCAUUUUGGCACGGCUACUGACUAUUUUCUAAAAGGAACAAAAGUUAACUUUUUUUAGGGGGAAAUUCUAUUUUAUUUAAUUGCUUUAAGUAUGAGGUGUUCUUGUUUUGUUUUUUUAUCUUAGGAUUUGUCAUUUUUAACAAAUGUACCAUUGUGCCCAGCUGUAACCAGUUGGCCCUGCUGGGGCAGAGUUGGCCCUUUGACAUACUCUCAGACCUGGGAUUGUUUUCUGGAGCCAGCUCUGAUAGGUCGCACUGCAUUCAUGCCUAAUCAGAGAUUUCUUGUGGUUACUAAAGCGGGCAGAGAUUGGUCGAGUUUACUGGUCAGGUUGGUCUGAGAGAAGUGUCCAUUAUAUCUAAAGCGGGGAGGGAACCGCACAGCCCCACCCCUCACCAAUACUGUACCUCCUUCAUCCCAUGAGGCUCUACCCAGCGAACUUGAUGCCACAGCAGUGUGCGUUUGUGUGUGUAUGAUGUAUGUGUGUGUUUGCUGUGUGAAUGGUGUAAAAGUGGUUUGAUUAAGAAAAAGGAUGACUUGUUAAUAUGUUCAGGUUGUCCAUGAACAGGGGAUUGAUUGCGCUGUGUGUUUGGCAGGAAGAGGAGGCUUGAGUAGAGCAAGGGGACGGGUUUGACAGCUGUACAGCAGUGGGGGGGGGGACUAAAAGCAUUCCAUCAUAUCCAAAUCGAUGUGGAAAAAAAACAUGAAAUGGUGGCCAAUAAAAUAAAAAAAUUACAAAAAUGAA